AUGAUCACAUCUGAGAAGGCAUUUGUCGUCGUCGCGCAAAAGGCUAACGGCAUGGACGUGCAGCAGUUUUCGGAGCUGAUCGAAAAUAAACUGAUGGCCGGCGACGACCUGUGGAGCAGCGAACACUUGGUUUCUUCUCUAAGCAAGAACUUCCUCGCUUACCUGUGCUCGUUAUUCGUCGACAUGCAGACGCAAACGAAGCUGAAGCUGCUGCUUUCCUUCCUGCACCUGUCCAAACGGAACUUGGAACAGGUUAGUUGA